AUGAUCGCACCGGAAACGCUGGUGCGUACUGCUGCCUGGGUUUCAAAUCUAUUCACUGUCCAUGCAGCGGAUCUAACCACUGCUUUUGCAGUGAAACAUCGUGAUUGCCAGGAAGGUAGCGGCAGUCAGAUAAAUCCUGUAACGAACAGCGGCUGUUGGUCGGCCGCCACUGCACUACCAGGAGCAGGUGCUGGCAGCGUCAAGAAGGAAGAACCUGAUGAGCAACCUCUGCAUAACAAUAAUUUCUGCAGAUCCUGUGAG